AUGGCCAAGGGAGACCCCAGCCAUGCCGAAGUGCUCGUGGAGAGCAUUUGCUUUUACGUCUUCGCUCUUGUCUUCUUCAUUGGCAGGCUUUGGUCGAGAGCAAUUACUACAGGAUCCAUCAGGAGACUUGCUUCCGAUGACUAUGUUAUGAUCGUGACGUUCCUUUUUUACACUGCACUGAUAGUGCUUCUGAAUUUCAACAUCCGCUUCGCUAGCAACCUCAUGCACCCUUCGGAGUUAGAAGCAGUUCUUGCCGAUCCCGAGGAAGUCAAAAGCCGAAUCUUUGGCAGCAAAAUCACACUCGCCGUAGAACAGUGCAUGAUCCACGCGCAAUGGGGCACCAAGGCCAGCCUUCUCAUCCUCUACCACCGAAUGACCCAAGGACUACGCGAGAACCUCUUCAACAAAAUCGUCGCCGGUUACGUACUUCUCGGUUAUAUCGUCAUCCAGAUCACAUUCUUCGGCGUCUGGUGCCGUCCCUUCAGCGAAUACUGGUCGAUCAAUCCAUCCAAUGAGCAGUGCUCCAAUUACGGCAACUACUGCAUCAUGAUUCUCGUCUUCAACACCUCGUCGGACCUACUACUCAUGUUCGUACCCAUCCCACUUAUCUGGAAGGCACAGAUGAAGCGCAAGAAGAAGAUCAUGUUGUGUGCCGUCUUCUCGCUCGGUCUCUUCAACAUUGUUGCUGCAGUUCUCAACAAGACGUACAACUGGAUCCUGCCCGGCUCCCACGUCUACAUGAUCUGGUAUGUCCGCGAAAGCAGUACAGGCAUCUACGUCGCCAACGCGACUUGCUGCUGGCCGCUGUUCCGCAAGAUCGUCGCCGCCACCGGCCUCAGCGGAUCAUGGACCAACUCCGCCUCCGGACCCCAGGGCCCCAGCAAAUACAUGUACGACGAGUACGGCAACAAGACGGCCUUGAACGAUGGCACGGGCGCCAAGUCGUCGACGAAUCGAAAGAGCACCCUCCGCGGCUCCCAGCACUUCAGCAAACUCCGCUCCGUCCGCGACCGCACCAUGCACAGCCUGCAUUCGACCAGCACACACACCGGCGGAAUCCUGACCGCGCACGGCGGCACAAUCCGCCGCGGAAGCCAGGAGGGACGCGAUGCCAACGGCAGUCAGGAGGCCAUCAACAGCAGCUACGGCGAGCACAGUUCCAGCAUGCCCCUCGAGAUUUGGCGGCAAGUCGACUACGACAUCGAGGCUGGCCAGCUCCGCACACCGAGCAUGUACGAGGACAAAUACAAUACCGAAGGGAAGAACGAUAUCGUCAUGGGGUUGAGGAGUGAUGUCGUAACGACGACCGUGACGGAGCUGGGCCUGACCCAAGCACUCGGAUCUCGCCUUCGUAUCGCAUUUUGUCUACCCCUGUUGCAGAUCAGACUGUGCUGGGUCUCAUCCGCAUCUCACCGCUUUGCCUACAGCAAAUACACGCAGGAACAACGUUAA